AUGACAGGUUAUACUUAUUAUUCUUCAGAUUUCUCUGGCUCCCGUUUAUCUGAAUAUAUUUCAGCAUUUUUUGCUAAAUCCAUCAUGGACGAAAGUUCAAACAAGAGUUCGCAGGGUAAUCGACAUAAACGUCGUCAACGCUCCCGAACCUCAACGGCGCAAAACAUUGGAACUCAACAAACGCAACAGGCUGGGGAUUGUGAUGUAUCCUCGACUCCACCAAUUGUAGAAGAGACCAUUGUCUCACCUUCCACCGGUGAUGCUAUUCCUUCGACAUCAAAAUUAACAAGUCCACCUUCGAAGGCCGCUAGACAGAAAAAAAAACAUCCGAAAACACUAGAAACUAUACAUCUUUCUGAAGAUUUAUCUAAAAUGAAUAUCAAAAGCUUUUCGAUACCUAAUCGGCCUGAUGAAGGAGGACGGUUGGGCAAAGAAAUUAGUGUGACCGUUAAUUGUUGGGAUUUUUCGAUAAAAUCUAACGUUGUUUACAUGUAUCGUGCAGAAGCCCUUGCGGUAUAUCGUACUCAAAAGGAAAACAAGGUUGAAGUACGAAUGCCUGCCAAGGAUAAACGUGCUCUGAUUAAACAGGUGGCUGACAGGUUACACAAUUAUAUAAUUUACGAUGGUGGGCAUGAUAUGUACUCGGUGGAACGUUUGCCAGGGAUCAGCACAGUUCCUGUUGAAUCAGAAAUCGAAAUCGUUGAUCCGCUUGGCCGGGAGGAUCUCAUUUUGAAAUAUCAGAUAGCGGAAGUACAGACGUUGUCAACUGACGAUGUGCAACAAUAUGUAGAAAAUCCGAAAGCAACAUCAUUAAGCAUGCCCCAGGAUUCUAUAAGAUUGACAGAUUGCAUAUUGAGAACUGUGUCAAAACAGUCGUUGAUAUCACUUGGAAGAUCUGCUUUGUUUUACGACAAGCCAGUCAAAGUAGUGGCAAACAAACUGUUCAGCAUUUAUAGAGGGUUUAUAAGCAGUAUUAGACCACAGUGGAAAGUUCGCUUGAAUAUAGACAUGAUCUAUAAGGCUUUCUUCACCGCCGGUAACCUAGCAGAUGUCAUGUAUGAAAAGUAUGGAGACGAUAUGGCUAGAUUCAGCACACAAAUGGCUCUUGAUUUAAAAAGAAUACGUGUCGAAACGGAUAAGUUUUAUAAAAGCGACAAAGGCAAUGCAUAUUCCAGACGGUUCACCGUGCAUGGAAUAUCAUCUCUGCCGGCUAACCAGCUCAUAAUUAAGGAGCUGAAACAAUCUGUUGCCGACUACUUUGAUGAACACCAUCAUAUCAAGUUGAAAUAUCCUAAUCUCCCAUGUGUAAAGGUUGAUCAAAAACGUGACGUCUAUAUGCCUAUGGAACUACUAAAUAUUCUUCCAUUUCAAGCACCUAAUGCAACCAAGGCCGACGUGGCUAGUGAGGUUGUCCGGUGUGCUGCAGUUCGUCCUCAAGAACGUUUCCGGGAACUUAUGGAGUUCGCUAAUUCGAUUCCUAGGGCACAUCCACUGUUUCAACUGUUUCAAGUAAAAAUUGCCAACAAACCUUUAGAUGUAAAGGCACGUGUGCUCCAACCACCUAAAGCAGUUUUUAAUCAUCCAGACAAAAUUCAACUGAAGGCUGGAAGUUGGAAUACACCAGCUUUUCAUAAGGCAGCCAAACACGGUACUGAGAUUCAAUGGGGACUACUUUGUAUCCCAAGAAACCCUCGAUCUGAUGGGGAUGAGAGAACAGUUACCAUGGAAUUACCUAAGGUUGCAAAGCGUUUUGGUGUUUUAUUGAGUAAUCAACCCUCUCUAUCCCGGUGCCAUGUUAGCCAACUGGAGAAGACGUUCGAGGAAUUUAAUCGAAAAGGUUGCAUUUUCAUUCUGUUGAUUCUGUACGAUGAUCUAUCCUACGGAACAGUAAAACGUUUAAGUGAUCUGAGAUUCGGGAUCCGUACACAGUGUGUUCGUGGUAACACUCUACGUAAACCUAAUGUAUUUCCCAACCUGCUAUUGAAACUCAACGGGAAACUCGGUGGUGUUAAUUGGAUUAUCUCAGAUCUUGCUGAAUACACUCAAGAAUUAAUAAUGGUUCUCGGUGCUGAUGUUACUCAUCCAGCACCGACACAAUCCCAACAGGUUCGCAAGUCAAUUGCUGCUGUCGUUGGAUCUAACAGCCCUGAUUUAAUGCGAUACGCGGCUGUAGUUCGACAACAAGUAACUACUGAGCGAGGAAAUAAAACAACGAGAGAAAUUAUUGAUAAUUUGUGUUCUUCAGUUGAAGAAUUACUCACGCUGUAUUUGCGGAAUACAAAUGGACGUUUUCCUAAACGUAUAAUAUUCUAUCGAGAUGGUGUUUCUGAGGGUCAAUUUGAGAAUGUUUUGGUCGAGGAGUUGUCUGCCAUUCAAAAAGCCUGCAGUAACAUCCGUCCUGGAGAAGAACCUGCUAUUACAUUUAUCGUUGUCCAGAAGCGACAUCAUAUCCGAUUUCAACCUCAUGAUCCCAGGGCACGGAAUUUGGAACCAGGGAGUGUUGUCGAUACCAAUAUAACUCAUCGUCGAGAGUUCGAUUUUUACCUUUGCUCUCAUGAAGGUAUUCAGGGGACAUCAAAACCAUCACACUAUCAUGUAUUAUAUGAUGACAGUAACUUUAAAUCGGAUGCUCUUCAAAUGUUUACAUACUAUUUAUGUUAUUCUUAUAUGAGAUGCUCUCGGAGUGUUUCUUACCCUGCUCCAGUGUAUUAUUCUCAUUUAGCUGCAUUCCGUGCUCGAGAUUGGUUGUCGAACAUAAAUGAACCUACUUCUUUGCUUGAGCGUGAUCGCUUUAAAAUUCAUAGUUCGCAAAUUGAUGGUAUGUUUUUCUUGUAA